AUGGUAUUGAUCCAUGAGAUCAGCGAGAACCCCAACAUCUUGCCCAAUGUCACUCUUGGGUUCCACAUCCAUGACUCCACCAUAGAUCCGAAAUGGACAUACAAGACCACCCUGGACCUACUCUUCACAUCACUUGAACUCAUCCCAAACUACAAAUGUGGCACCCAGAAAAAAGUGAUGGGUGUCAUUGGGGGCCUGGUAACAAAGUUCCACCAGCACAUCCUAGCCUUGGUGUUUGCCAUCCAUGAGAUCAACAAGAACCCCAACAUUUUGACCAAUGUCACUCUUGGGUUCCACAUCCAUGACUCCAUGGAAGAUCCAAAAUGGACUUACAGGACCACCCUGGAUCUACUCCUCACUUCACUGGAACUCGUCCCAAACUACAAAUGUGGCACCCAGAAAAAAGUGAUGGGUGUCAUUGGGGGAUAUACUUCUGAAACAUCAUCAGACAUGGCAACUCUCUUAAGUCUUUACAAGAUCCCACAGCUGCCUCCUUUAUCUGUGUGUAAUGACAACUGCAAGCCUGGGUACAGCAAGAAAAAGAAGGAAGGGGAGCAAUUCUGCUGCUACAAUUGCGAUCUGUGUCCAGAGGGGAAAAUUUCAGACAAAGAGGACAUGGAUUAUUGCAUGAGUUGUUCUGAAGACCAUUAUCCAAACCUGGGACAAAGUGAAUGCAUUCCCAAGAUCCCAAAUUUCCUAUCAUUUUCAGAACAGUUGAGCAUGAUUUUAGCCUUUUUGGCUCUCUUCUUUUCUCUGAUCACUGCCUUGGUGCUUGCAAUCUUUGUAAAGUACAAGGACACCCCAAUUGUUAAAGCCAACAACCGGAGCCUCACCUACAUUCUCCUCAUCUCUCUCCUCCUGUGUUUCCUCUGCUCCUUGCUCUUCCUUGGACAGCCUAACAAGGUGACCUGCCUCCUCCGUCAAAUGACUUUUGGCAUCAUCUUCUCCGUCGCUGUUUCUUCUGUCUUGGCAAAAACUGUUAUGGUUGUUCUGGCAUUUAUGGCCUCCAAGCCAGGGAACAUUUUUCGAAAGUGGGUGGGGAAACAAUUGGCGUAUCAUAUUGUUAUCUCUUGCUCCUUUGUUCAAGUGUGCAUUUGUGCUGUUUGGCUGGCCUCUUCUCCUCCCUUCCCAGAUGUGGAUAUGCAUACACUGCGUAGAGAAAUCAUAGUGCAAUGCAAUGAAGGGUCAGCCACCAUGUUUUACUUUGUCUUGGGCUACAUGUGGUUUCUUGCCACCAUUUGCUUCAUUGUGGCUUUCCUAGCCAGAAAGUUGCCUGACAGUUUCAAUGAAGCCAAGUUCAUCACCUUCAGCAUGUUGGUCUUUUGCAGUGUUUGGCUGUCCUUCAUCCCCACCUACCUGAGCACUCAAGGAAAAGACAUGGUGGCUGUGGAGGUCUUCUCCAUCAUAGCUUCCAGUGUUGGCUUACUAGGCUGCAUCUUUUUGCCCAAAUGCUAUGUCAUUAUCCUGAGACCUAAUUUGAACAGUAGAGAGCAACUAAGGAAAAAGCAUUAA